UUUCGAAAUAUUUCAAAUCUGCUGCGAAAUCUUCAAAUCUAUUGCGAAGUUCUUCAAAUUUGUUCCGAAGAUGAUGUUUACGCAAGAACAACCAAUCAUCUUUUUUUCAUAGAUCAAAGGGAUUGUGAAGAUUGUCCUUGUUAUUUCAACAAAAUUAAGCUUAGGUAUCCAUCUCUAUAUUCUUCUUAAAACUAGGGUUUUUUGCCUAUACUUGUCCUGAUGCUGCUGUUGUUGAUUGAAUCAAAAAAUAUAAAGAAGGGGAAAAUAAUUGGUUGUUCCUGAUCUUGUUUUAAAAUUUGAUCAGCAUCUUUAUACGAAAUUCUGCAGUUCUCAACAUUAUAAGUUCGGCUUACCAAUCAUCAAUAAAUUUAAGCGUGUUUUUUUUUUUUCUCAUCUUUAUAUUAUGUGCUUUAUUGAUAUUUAAUGUGGAUUUUUGUGGGGUUAUAUGGAUCUUUAACAUGAUCAAUAUGAUAGAUUUGGCCAUUAAAUUAUCCAUGGAAACAUCAGCUUUGCGAAAGAUAUGUAACUUGAUUGUAUUUUUAUGGUGAUUAAUAAUGAUUAUUGAUGAUUUCUUCACUAGCGUAGCUGCAGUAGAACUAUGGUUGAGUGAGAAAGUUAACUAUAAUUAUAGUUCUAAUACUUGUGCAACUGGUACAAAAUGUCUCACCUAUACCCAUGUGGUCUAGUUAUUUGCAGCUAUAGUCCACCAGGCAAUAUAAUUGGCCAGAGGCCAUUCUGAGCCUAAUAUGAAUUACAUGAUCUAUGAUAUCUUAAAAAUAAAGAGGGUGGUGACUGUUUUUGUGUGGUUUUUCUUAUAUAUUUUUCUCUUUUCUGUUUGGUAAUGUUGUUGUUUUGUGUUUUGUUGUAUGAACCUAAAUAUCUUAACUUAAUUUAUGGAUGUUUACUUAUUUGUUGUUGUUCUGGGGUGCAAUGAUAAUUCUAGGAGGUUUUUUUUUUAUUUCAGAAAUGGACCGUGUUUUAACCAAAUAUCAAGGAGGAAGAAGGAAUGUCAACAAAUUUAGUUGGUAGUGUCACUAAUUUGUGUUACGUAUAUGAUGUAUUUUAUGUGGUACAUGAUGAGCAUAACAAUUGUUAAGAGUCUUGAUUUGACGGGGAGGAAAAAGUCUAGAAAAAAAAUGCGUAUGGAGACUUUAAGAAGGCUAAUUCGAGAGAGUGAUGUAUCUUGUAAAAAUGAACUUCGAGUGACUGGGCAUACUUUUAAUGUGCUUUAUGUGAAAUGCUUAGAGAUAUAGGAGGACUUAGUGGGACUCGAAACAUAUCACUUGAGGAGAUAGUAGCUAUGUUUAUGUAUAUAUUGGCUCACCAUAAGAAAAAUAGGUCUAUUGGACACUUUUUCAUUAGAAGUGGAGAAACGGUGAGUAGACAGCUUCACCUUUAUCUUACGGCUGUCCUAAAGUUACAUGAGCACUUACUUACCAAGCCUACACCAAUAGCCGAUGACUGUGAAGAUGAUAGAUGGAAACCUUUCAAGGUAUUUCACCUAAAUCCUUUAUGCCCAUUGAAUAGAAUUAGGAGUCGAAUUGUUUUGAGUUCAAAUGAUUUAAAGUUUAUUACUUAUUUUGUAGAAUUGUUUAGGUGCAUUAGAUGGCACCUACAUUAACGUGAGGGUGCCGGCAAAAGAUAGAGCAAGGUAUCGAACAAGCAAAGGCACCAUAGCCAUGAACGUAUUAGGGGUUUGCACGCCUAAUCUGGAGUUUGUCUAUGUACUACCUAGGUGGGAAGGUUUAGCACAUGAUUGUCGUGUGCUACAGAAUGCUAUUUCAAGGCCAAAUGGGUUAAGGGUUCCUCGAGGUAAAUAUUACUUGACUGAUGCUGGAUACACCAACUGCGAUGGGUUUUUAGCUCCUUUUAGGGGACAAAGAUAUCAUCUCAAAGAAUGGACGGAUAACCUACCACGAAGUGCCGAAGAGUAUUUCAACAUGAAACAUGCUAGGGCUAGAAACGUGAUUGAGAGGUGCUUUCGUUUGCUAAAAGGGAGGUGGUCUAUAUUGAGAAGUCCAUCAUUCUUUCCUAUUCGGACUCAAGGCCGCAUUGUCAUGGCAUGUUGUUUACUCCACAAUCUCAUUAGGAGAAUUAUGCCUACAGAUGACAUAGCUUAUGAUUCCGAUGAAGAAUCUGAAGAUGAUGAUGUAGAUGAUGAUUUGGAUGACGAAAUGGAGUUCAUUUCAACUCUUGAAACCUCGGAUGCCUGGACUAACUUCAGAAAUACUCUCGCUCAAGAUAUGUUUAAUAGUUGGAGAGCUAGAAUUCGGCAAUGAACUUUGACAUAUUGAUAUUUUUAUUUUUCAGUUGUGUUGUUGAAUGUCUAUGAUCUUUUUUAGUCUUCUAGGUACCUAUGAUAUUUAAGUUGUAGCAACUAUUUGAUAUAGAUCAAGUUAUUGAUAACUUUU